CUAAUCACACAUCUGUUAUAUCACAACAGGUUAGAAAAUAUUAUAGUACGUACUGUCUCUAAUAUGUGAAAACACUUUAGGACUAUAGACAGUGUCGUGUACCAGGAACAUAAAGUGAGUAACCCAAGCCAUAUCAAUAAUCACACAUACGUUAUAUCACAACAGAUUAGCAAAUACUACAAUACUUAUUGUCUCUUAUAUGUGAAAAUACUUCAGGAGCAUAGAGUUGUGUAAAUUAAAUAAACUUGUAUUGUGUCAUUACGUAUUCCAAUUAGUGAAAACUCUGUAGGAACGUGGACAGACUCUAUGUAGAUGGGAUAUACAUCAUGUUGGGGAAACCGACAUUGCUGAGUGCUCUGAUGGUACGAACCCUGGCAGCGCUAACGCUCGUGCCCAGUGACGCUGAUAUUUGUGACAUCACGGCUUGUGACGCUCUUAGACGCAUGCGAGAAGAAAUUGCUGGCGGCAGUCUGCUGGACCCAGGUAAGCCACCCGUGUACGAGGAGUCCCAGGAGGAUCGCAUCAACAAGAUAGAGCGGCGGCUGCGCUCCGUGGAACAACCCUUGUGGCGCAAGAACGUCGAGGAAGACCGGUGGUACCGGUGCUGUGAGGGCCCGUGUCGUUGUCGUCCGGAGACCUUCGCCCUCAGCUGUUGGAGACAGGAGCUUGACGAGCUGCCCUCCAAUCAAUACGUCCCUAACGACAUUCGAGUCAUAGAUCUAGGCAUCAACCAAAUUACAUCACUAAACAGAGAUGCUUUUAAAGGUCUUCAUAGAUUAGUUGAACUUGAUAUGUUUGACAACCGAAUAGACUUCCUACCCUCUGUGAUUUUUGACAACCUGGACAGUCUCGCUCAUUUGAGACUUCACAGGAAUCGUUUGGAAGAUCUGCACGGAAAGCUGUUUCACAAACUCGCAAAUCUUGAAACCCUAGACUUGUCCACCAACUCGAUACGGCGGCUAGCAGCCACGCUUUUCCGAGGCACUCCCCGCCUGGUGGUGCUACAUCUCGCCAGUAACGCCCUGGAAGACCUCCCAGAGAGCGUGUUCCGUGGUCUGGUCAGGCUGGAAGAGCUAGAUCUCUCCUCAAACGUUUUCUUGGAGUUCCCCAUCGGCAUCUUCAAAGGUCUUACGAAUCUCAAGCGACUCAAGCUUCACGACAACAGACUCAAACAGCUACCUCCGGGAGUGUUCAGCGAUCUGCACUUCCUGGAUUUGCUGAGUUUAAGGAGAAACAGGUUGACGUUUAUACGACCUGGGCUGUUCGACAACCAGCGUUACCUGACACACCUUGAACUUACAGGCAACUGGAUAUCAACGUUGUCUGGUCAGGAGUUUUUGAAGUUACCUUCCCUCAGAGAAUUACAUAUGGGCCAAAACUAUCUAGAAUAUAUUCCUGAGGGAACAUUCCGGGAAUCGGGACAACUAGAGAAACUGUUCCUUUUCUCCAACAACUUAGUUAACUUGGACUCCGGGACUUUUACUGGUCUCGCCAAUCUCACUGUUCUGUUACUCAACAACAACUUGCUGCGACUUAUGAGUGAGAACAUCUUCGAGCCUCUCGUCAGCCUCAAGAAGUUACAAGUGGACAGCAACAAGUUUCAGUACCUGCCGACGGACUGUUUGGAGUUCGUCCCGAACCUAUUAUCUCUUAAGUUGUCGAAGAACCCUUGGCACUGCGACUGCGCAAUACUGUACCUUGCCACGUGGUUACGUGCAAAUCGGCGAAAAGUCUGGGACUCCAGCCCCACGUGCCGGGGACCCGGAGACCUGGGGGGCCGUCUGGUGGAGGAGAUGACGUUCGACGACCUCUGUGAUGGCCAAUGGGCGAGCAUGGUCAAGCUGACCCCCAGGGUGCCCAUCAAAUAGUUUGCGCUGAAAAUAAUUGCUCAAAUGUUGCCGUUGGUAUGAGUUGACAGCACUGGACCGACCUAUAAUUGUGAUUGUAUUAGUGAGUGUAUAUUAUAAUGGACAUGAAAAUACAGCUAUUUACACUAAUUAUGACUAAUAAAACAAUCAAAGUAAAAUGAAGUACUUUGUAAGAAACUUGUCACGACGCAGAGUCUCAUGAAUGAGCUGUGUUUAAACACCAACUCAAUUAGUCCCGGUUCAAUGAAUAAGUGAUUAUGAAUAAAACGUUCUGUCAACUGUGACAUGUCAGAAACAAGCGUACUCAAUAAUUAAUCGUGUGUUUCAAUAUAACCCGUGGUUCCGAUUAAAUGUAAUUUAAAUUUAUUUGCCACCAUAAAAUAACCAAUAGUCUAGUUUACAAAGAAUCAUAUAUGGGUGAACUAAAUCAUUCUUACUUAUUUGUUUUUCGGUGGAUGAUUAAAUGUACAAAUUGUUUUUAGAGCCGUCUGAACGUACUGUAUUUAUAAUUUGAAAUGUAUACUACUACUGUUAAACGGUAAUAGCCUAUAGUUUAGCCGCAUAGGCACUGUAGUGCGUACAGUGCUUACUUAGAGAAUGGUACUCUUAGUCGAAAAUUGUGGGCCUCUAUGGGUUAAACUGACUAGUAUAUUAAUGGUUUGAAUUGAAUACUAUGUAUUUUGUUUAUAUUUUACGUAAUAUAUUGUACAGCCAGUAAUAUAAGCCUCACAACUACAA